AUGACCUUACUGGAAGAAAGGCUGAAAUCAUUUUUUGCAACCAACAAAGAACGAAUUCUCCACGGAGAACUUAGGAUUGCCAUGGGAAACGAGGCGUGUGAUCUUGACUCGUUUAUAAGUUCAUUGGUGGUGGCGUAUGCUGAAGACGCUAUUCAUGUUGUCAAUAUGAGAAAGGAGGUCUUCAUGGCAAAAGGAGAAAUUAUGUGUGUGUGUAGGGAAUUUGGAAUAGAUGUAGACGAUCUGAUAUUCCUUGUUAAACCAACACUACAUUUCUCACCAAAGGCAAGAAAAGUAGGAGCGUAUUUCGACUUAGAGGGAAAGCAGUAUCCGAUAUCUGGGAAGAAGAUCAAGCUUCUCCUCACGGAUCAUAACAAACCUGCCGAGGUGUUUGAUGAUAGUGAAGUCGAGCUGGUUAUUGAUCACCACAUGCUUUCGGGGCAUGUUCCUCCUGCGAAAAGAAUGUAUAUCGAUCUGGACGUCGGGUCUGCAACAACAUUGGUUUCCAAAUAUCUUGGAGAGGACCUGACAAAAAAGAACCACUGUGCAGAGCUGGUGAACAAGCGCCGGAAAGGUGAGGAGAAAGAGGCGCUUUGCUCGGCUUUUGCUAAGCUCUUACUUAUUCCGAUUCUGAUGGAUACAGGAUUCUUAAAAAGGCGCACAAGUAUCUUCGAUAUAGCCGAAUAUAAAAAGCUGAAAAGAAUGGCUGGCGUGAAGAAGAAGGAGCUGAAGAAGACGAUACGGGCUUUAAGGCUUGCCAGGAGAAAUGAUAGCGAACAUGGAACAGAUCUUAUUCUUCAGAAGGACUUUAAGGCCUUCCAUCACAAGAAGUUCUUUUUCGGGGGAUCGACAGUAAAGUACCCAUUUGAGGAUUGGGCAGAUAGAGAAGGAAAGAACAUUAGGGGACUCCCCGAGGGAAAGACAGGGAUGGCCUUGCAACUUCAAAUAGAAAGCUUCCGAAAGGCAAUGGGCCUGGACUUCUUCUUUGUGGCAACCAAGAUCAAAGGUGUUAGGAACAUAAUCUUUUCAAGCUUUCCUUUUCUGAAGGAUAUUGUCGGAAGGAACAAAAUGAAGAGCAUCGAGUACAAAGGCCUGGAAUACUAUUCUGCAAGCAAGAAACUGACAAGGAAGAUUCUUGUUCCCGAGAUAAUUAAGAUAAUUGACAAGCACAUAGGUGACUCGAAGAAAGAUAAGAGUUCGCAAUAA